AUGCCCGCCGCCUCAGUCACCCGCUCCCCCGCGGACGUCCUGCCGGAGGACCGGAGCGCGCUCAGCGCCGGGCCAGCAGGGCCAGGCCGCCGCUCGGGGGCGGGUCCCCGGAGGCCAGGGGAAGAAGACGGGAGGGGGAGGGGAGAGGCAGGGGAGGGGGAGCGCGACACCGUGGGACGGGGGCGGGAUAGGACGGGGGAGGGGAGACGGGGAGGGCGAGCGGGGCGAGGAGGCACGACCCGGAAGCGGAAGCGUCCUGGGCCUCUGGAGGAAAUGACGAGAAGUUGUGGGUGCGGCGCGGGGGCGGCUGUGCUGGAGCCGGGCUCGUGCGCUGAGGACCAGCCUCGUCGGCGUCUCCGGGGCAGGAAGAGGGGCCGCGAGUCAAGAUCGCAGCUGGAAGACGCACAAGGGAUUCUCUGCGCUGAUGCCAGCUGCCUCGGUGACGUGGUCACAGAGAAGGGGCUGGUGGCCUCGAAGGAGCCCGUGGCCCACGUCCAGCUUGCUUGUCGUGCUCAGUACUGCGCUUUCGCUGCAGAUGGGAACACGCUUUGUGUGUGGAGCACCGAGGACCCUUCGUACCAGCCUCUGACCCUCGGAGGCCACCACGAGCCGGUUACUGCCGUGGCGUGUGGAAACGCAGCGAGUCUGCUUCUCCUCUGUUCUGCCUCACGAGAUCACGUUAUCAUGUGGAGACUAGAUGAGUGCAGACAGAAACCACUUCAAGGGCUGACUCCUCGGGGGCUGGUUGUGGGCACCCUGCUGGGAAAGGUGCUGUGUUUGCGGUUGAGCCCAGACGACCGCGCGGCUGCCGUGUGCUCUGGAAAGAAGAUAUUUGUGCCGGAUACCGAGAGCCAGUCUACGCUAGCCGAGCUGGAGGGUCACCGGGGCGCCGUGACCGCAGCCGAGUUCUGUCCGUGGCAAACACGUAUCAUCGUCUCAGUGUCUGAAGACAGGAGCUUUAAGGUUUGGGAUCAUCACAUGGGAUCACUGAUCUACAACUCAUCAGUGCUGACAGCCUCCCCUCUCCUGAGUCUCCUCAUCCAUGCGGGGAGCUGACAGCUGGUGACAGGAUGUGCGUGUGGCCAGCUUUGGAUCUUUAGUUUGGCUGAAGGACAUCAUUACCGUUGUGUGACACGAGUUGACCUGAAGAAGAAGAGAGAGAGUUUCUCCAGGAGGAUUGAGUCCAGGCUGUGCAACCUGCCAGAAGACAGCGCGCAUCCCUGCGCAGACGGCUUGGAGGAGGGAGAGGAGGUGGAAGCAAGCCUCCCGGUCCUGAGUCUGCCGUCGUGUGAUCUGUCUGCCAUCCUCCCUGCCGGGUGUGGGGAUCUUUCUUCUGCGAAUGCCGUGUGCUUAUGGAUCGGAAGCUCCGUGGGCCUGUUCUUACUUAGCUUGGCAAGCUUUGAACUGGAAGCCGCCUAACAUUACAAGGACUUCAGGAGCCUCAGCAUUCGGGUUACUGGGUCCUGCGCAGUGGAGAGCGGAGCGGGCGGUGACAAGGCCGUCUGCUUACUCACGUCCUUGUUUGGCCAUAAGAUCGCCUUGCUGGAAAUCCACGUGGCCGCUCUGGUGACGUCGCAGCGGAGGCACGCCGUGGGAAGGGGUCUGUCCGUGCUGCCUCGUGCCCACGUCCUGUCCACAUCCCCGCUGCGCUUCAGACCCGCGGAGGACAGGGUGCACGGCUCGCAGGCGCCGUCCGGUUCUGCGGUGCGGAGCGCCGUUAAGGACCGGCCCCUGGUUUUCCACAGCAAAGUGAGGUCGUCUGGGUACGCGUCCACACCGCACACGACUGUGUUCUUGCCAAAGACGAACACCCGGAGCAGGGGUGGCCGCUCUUCACCACGGAGCGACGGUCCCAGUGAGGAGUACCCUCUGGAGCUUUCUGUACCAACCAGAGUCCAGAAGCAGCUUGUCCUCGCGCACGGGCCGCCCGCUGCCGCCACCUGCGUCCAGUACUCAGGAGAUGGACGGUGGCUCGCCUGCGGCUUAGCCAACCACUUGUCACUGGUCCUCCACGCUGAUCUCACUGGGACGCCUACUGUUCCUUCAGGUCACGACGGGCCGGUGAGCACCGUGUGCUGGAGCAUGGACGGCAGGUGGCUGCUGUUUGCUUCCCGGGACGGGACGCUGCCGCUGUGGUCGCUCCGCCGGGCGGAACACGUGUUGUGUGUGGGCGGGGACAUGUUUUCCAAGCCCGUUGGGUCCGCACAGUUUUACUACCUGGACGCUUUCAUCUUGUCUUCUGGCCCCGAGCUCCAGCUCCUCAGGCACCACAUCGACGACAGCAAGGACGAGAUCCGCAGAUACAGACAGAAGAGCUGGUGCAGAUGUGUCUUCAGGCUCCGUACAACCGGUGUGACGGGGAUUACCAGUUUAUCAGACAUAAACGACUUCUACUCCUAUCUGGUCCUUGCGGCUGGCAGGAACAGGACUCUUGAGGUUUUCGACCUCAAUGCAGCUCGCAGUGCAGCCAUGAUAGUGGAAGCCCAUUCCCGGCCUGUCCACCAAAUCUGCCAGAAUACAGGAUCGUCAUUCACGACUCAGCAGCCGCUGCUGUGUAACCUGUUUGCCACCACAGCCGCUGGGGACGGCGUGAAGCUGUGGGACGUGAGAACCCUGAGAUGCAAGCGCUGUUUUGAGGGACAUCCAAACCACGGAUACCCCUGUGGGAUUGCCUUCAGCCCGUGCGGACGCUACGUGGCUUCUGGUGCGGAGGACAGACACGUGUACAUAUAUGACAUGGGCUCGAGCACAUUUUCUCACAGACUGGCUGGACACAUGGACACUGUCACUGGAGUGGCCUUCAGCCCGUCAGUCCCACAGCCGGCCCUGUGGGACCCCCUCCAUGGAGUGGCAGCGGCCGUCCGUGGUCCAGAGCACCAUGUUUCUGUGAGUCUUGGGCAUUUGCCAGCCAUUGGGAAAACACUGGUUUCCACCAAAGCCCCCGAAGCUGCGCUUCCAGACCUGCUCCGGAAGCGGCCGGCGCACCACGCUCUUGCUGGUGGUUAGCCGGGGCCGUCCAAGUGCGUUACAGGUGGAUGAGAAGGUGAGAAAAUCAAAGCCUUCCUAAGUGAAACCAAACUCAUUUUUCUUCUACUGUGAAAUAAAACAGCGUUUUUCUUUCAUGGAUAUGGAAUGAAUCUGUGCAGUUUUCUGUUGUUCUUUUAUGGCUAAAGUUUUACU